AUGGGUCCUUCCCAAGAAUCUUUCCGGGAGAGAACCGACAAGGUAUCAGGCUUGACAACGCGUGAAAGCGUUGAGCUUUUCCAAGAAGCUCAUGACAAGGCGGUCGACGAAGCACACAGUACCCUCCAGCAAUCCUUGACGGGGGGAGAAAAUGCUGGCGAAACAGUGAAGCCCAAAUUGACCCUUGAUUUGAGGAAAAGGAAUCUAUCACAGAUACCAAAGGAGGUCGUUGCCAUCAUCGGACAAGAUGUCGAGAGGCUACAGCUGGCCCAUAAUCAGCUAUCCCAUAUCGCGUACGAGUUUAUUGGUUGCUCCGCCUUGAGAUACCUUAAUCUGCGCGACAACCGUUUCAGACAGGUGCCCAAGGCCCUUUUCGGCCUGCCACAGUUGGAGAUACUUGAUCUCAGCAGAAACAAGAUUAGCGAAGUUCCGGACGAAAUUGAACAGAUGAAAGCGUUGCGAGUUUUUUCAAUACAACACAACAAUAUUGGAGAUCUCCCUUUAUGCCUCGGAAGUAUCAACACGCUUAGGAUGUUGAAAUUGACUGGCAAUCCUUUAACUCCGAGGCUUAAACGUAUUGUAGAGGGCAGCGAUCUUUCCCCGGGUCCAUCGCCAGCAUUUGUUGACAACGAGAUCGAGAAGGAUACAAUGUCAACCAAGAAGGUGCUAGAAUAUCUGAGAACGGUGGCUGCCGCGAAAGAUUCUGAAGGCGACUCCAGUGAUGGACCUUUAGAGACGCCGCGUGCCUUAUUACGCUUUCCGCUGCAAACUAGGAAAUACGGACACAACACAAGCGAGUCCGAAUCGGCAUCUGAACUGAGGUCCCCAGGCUUUGUAAAGCCACCUCUACCAGCCCGCUCACAUUACAGAGUUCCUUCCAGUCAGAACAACGUCUUAUCACAGAACGCGGCACUUCGCCGCCCUGGCCUUGCACCUUUGUCAUUGGGCAACGAGCGAAACCGGAGCAACAGCGAAAGCAUUCUACAAGCUACGCAAAACACCCGAAACAAGCGCAUGGGCAUCGUACCCAAAAAGCAGACUGAACUUACAGUACUGGAUGAGACGCGCGCCAACAGAAACAGCCAUCAUUUGCGUGGGCAAAGCCACGGGUCUGCUUUACGUCAAGGAAUUCGUGCAGGUGAUAUCAGUCCUUCAAAUGUGACCUCUUCACACGGCAGUGAGGAUCAGCGCGGCAUGCUUGGGCGUCCUUUGUCAAGUUUACCACGACAAAGACAGCAAAAUCUUCCCGGAGCCAGGAUUAUCGAAGCUGCAAAAGGGAUAUUGUACUCACUAAAUCUAGUACACCAUCAUCUUGGUAUAUUGUUUCCUGUGAUUAAAGAGGGAAAGUCGAAACGAUCGAGCUUGGAAAGGGUUUUUCACAACGCUGCCAUCCACGUUGAGCAUUUGGAUCAAGAAUUGAGCAAAUGCAUGCGCGAUGCGGCGCAAGGCUUAGGACUCACAGACGCGUCAAGGAAGUCUGUGCGGCAGGCUACCCACGCUUGCAUUCUGACCCACGAACCUAUUGCACAGCUGACAACUCGCUCUGUUGGACAGCUUGCCCAAGACGCCGACCCGAGAUACAUUCGAACUUUGAUGCUCCUUUUUUACGGAAGCCUCAACGAGGUAUACAAUUCUAAUCUGACCUCUGGAAGGAAACGGCUGGUAAAGAAGGCUCGGAAGGUCAACGUAAGACAAGUCCCUCAAAUCACAGCAAAUGCUAGUGAAGGAGAAAGCUCAAAAAAUCGCGACGACUCUGUGACGCCAACUCGAGAUCGACCAAAGCCCGAGAGACGUUGGAGGAACGGAGGCAGUGUUCAGCAGUUCAGCAGUCACAUUGAUCUCCAUGCAGCGCUCGGUACUCAGACUGCUGUACCGCUGUAUCUCAAUGGUCGAAGCCGCUCAAACAGCCGCGCUGGAAUGUUCCAAGGCUCGACCUCCAGCUCCGUGGUCAGCACACCUCGUUCAGGAGAGUCGUUCAGUUCCUCAAAGCUUGCUACUCGUUCUCGUAGCGGAAGUGUCACAAUGAUGCCGGACCAAGCCCGCAUUGAAAAGGAGCAAAGAGUCCAAUUCGAGCAGAUAUUUGUCAUCCUAAGGAAAUCCGCUGAUCAAGGUCUUCAAAUCAUUCCGCAGCUGCAACCAUCCUUUAACGAGGCUGCAGAAGCUUCCCAAAGACAGUACACCCAUGAGAAGAUCCGUGAGCUGUGGUUGACACUUGUGAACCGCAACAGAACUUGCCUGAGCAUGAGUGAAAAGCUCAAGAAGCGACUUUCGACUAUCAAGCUCAACGACCCCGAGGCACGCAACGCCAGGGACUUCUGGCGGCUUGUCAAGGACUUCGUCGACUCCUACAGCAGCCUUCUGGCGUCUCUUAGAGAAGCGAGGCUGCUCAAUCUUGUGCCAAGCGAUAUGAGACAUCAAGUUCGUCCGGUUCACAAAUCUGCAACCGAAGCAGCUACUUUGAUUACGAACUCACCGUGGAAUCGCCUUACUUUUGAGGUCGAGCCUCUAACUCAGCCUCCGUCGCGAGCCCAGACACCGGCUCCGAACGGAUAUCAGGCUCAUCAGCAGCAUCGCACGCUUGGGUCUGGGGGUUUGAAUGCAGCUUCGAGCUCCAGCCCGUUCACGCCGAGUGUGCCUGCUACCCCCCUGUCAGCUGCGCUGGGUCCAGCUGCUCAAGCCACGGUGCCUGCGACGCCUGCGAGUGCUUCUUUGAAUCGAUCUUUUGAGGGGGAUGUGUUUCAGCGGGCUGAUUCGCUGCUCAAUCUGCAGAACACUAUGUACCAUCGCCGAUAA